AUGGUAGAUGAAGAAUUACAUUUUAAAACUAUUUUGAGGAGGAAGAAUGCUGCAAAAGCCAGAAUUUAUAGAAAGAGUGUUAUUGAUGACAAGAAAUCUAAGAGGUUGAAAACUGCUCUAAAAGAAAACGGUACAUUUGAUAAAAGACGCGGCAAUGACUCAACAACUUUGAGGAUACCACUAUCAGAACUUUUGCCAAACAUACUAAAUGACGGUCGUGGUAUAGCCAACGUUGAAGUAAGUCGUCAACUUCAUUCGUCCUUAAAGACUAAGCCAAGUACCAAUAAUAAUAUCAGAUCAAAAAGGAUAUCAAGCAGAAACAUUACCAAAUUAGGAGUUAACUUAUCUAAGAGGUUUGACAAUACAUUUGCUACAACAACAUCAAACCAAGAUCCAAUACUAGAAUUGCAACUCAAUGAGCUUUUUGCAUCUGAUAGUGGAGACGAUAAAAUGAAUGAUGAAUCUGACGGUUACAGUUCAGCAACAAAUUCAAGUUUUGAUGAAGAUGAAAUGUCUAAUGGAACAGAUGCUAUGGAAACUUUUGAAAUUAAAUCAGGAGGGUAUUAUGAUAUAGGGGAUCUUGUCAUUGAAUGUCAAUAUGUUGGUGCUAAUAUGUGGUAUUCGGAAAGGAAAAACAAAUGUCGUCAUGCGUCCAAUCCUAAAUUUUCCAUGUGUUGUGGAUCAGGAAAAGUUCAGUUACCUUUGUUAAAACCCGCUCCUGAAGUUCUACAACAUCUGUUUUUUGACAACGAAUCAUGUGAAUCAAAAAAAUUCCAACAACAAAUUCGAAUGUACAACGUUAUGUUUGCAUUUACAUCUCCCGGUGCGAAAGUAGACAAUCGAUUUAAAAACGGUAGAUGUCCUCCCAAUUUUCGUAUCCAAGGUCAAUCAUGUCACCGAAUAGGAAGCAUGUUACAGAUGCCAGGUCAAAAUCCACGAUUUGCACAACUAUAUGUUUAUGACACUGAGAAUGAAAUUGAAAACAAAAUGCAUGGAUUCAGGUCAAAAAGUGGAGUUGAUGUUAAUAUUGUGAGAAAACUAUCUGAAAUGUUAUAUGAACAUAAUGUUCAUGCACAAUCAUUUCGCAUGGCAAAUGACAGACUUUGUGAAGAAGGUGUUUCUGAUUUAAAACUUUGUUUAAUAUCUGAACGAAGAAAUGAUGGAAAGAUAUAUAAUCAACCAAUUGUAUCCGAAGUAGCUGCUUUAAUUGUUGGAGAUGUCGACACUGCAGAAAAAAGAGACAUUAUAGUGCAAAAACAAUGUGGCGAACUUCAAAGGAUAGAUGAGUAUCAUACCAGUUAUUUAGGAUAUCAGUACCCAUUAUUAUUUCCAUAUGGUGAGGAUGGAUAUAGACCUAAUGUGAGGCACCGUGAUAAAGGGACAGAUAUUCACCACUUCACAGACAUAACACAGUCAGAACAGAACAAUAAAGAUAUUCCUUGGGAAGAAGCAACAAAGCGAAAUCGACUUACAAUAAGAGAGUGGUUGGCCUUUAGAAUUCAAUCAAGAUCUAAUGAAGCAUAA